GCUAACGAGCCUUAACCGCUGAGCGAGGCCGAUGCAGGGGAGUUAGAGCUGAGAGUGAACGCUGAGCAGUUUACACCGAGCAGUUUACACCUGGGAACGGAAAGAGGAAGUAGGUUGUAGAACAGAUUUAGUCCGAUGUAAGCUGUGCCUGAACAGGUGACAUGUCACUAACAUGUCCGUAGUCUUGUUACUCGGCCCUUUAUUCUGGAUUCUAAACAGCAGCGACGGGGUUUAUGGCGUCGCUGUCACUGCUACAGUCCCAGUUGGAGUAGAGCUGACGCCGCCACAGAAUGUGACUGUCAUCUCUCUGAACACCAACUACACAUUGAUCUGGGACUGGAAUCAGAGUCCAGGAAAGACGUAUGACGUCACCUUCACUGUGCAAUUUGUGGGGUCCUACGAAUUAACGGACAAGAAAAGGGAUCCAGAAUGGGUGAGUGUGUGUGAGCGGGUCUCAGGCAGGUCUUGUGACCUGACAGGACUGGACCUGCACUACCUGGGAAUGUACGUGUUCCAUGUGCGCACCGACUGGAACGGCCAUCAUUCUGAGUGGGUUCAAGUGGAAUUCUGCCCUGAGAGGGACGCUGAUCUGGGUCCUCCAGUCAAAGUUGAACUAAGACCUGCUGGGAAUCUGCUCGACGUCACAAUCUCUGAACCGCGCUCCAGCCAGGACACCGUCAUGAAGGAACACCUAUCCAAGUUGUACUACCGCAUCAAAUACUGGGAACAGUCCCAAGACGGAAAGGCCUCAGAAAAACAUCUGAAUACCACUGCCACCUUUGUGACUCUGCCAGGCCUGAAAGCAUGGACACGCUACUGUGUGAGUGUUCAGUCACGUGAAGAUGGCGAGCACAGGAAGAGCAGCAUCUUCAGUCACCCCCACUGUCUAGAGACAGAAGGUCACUUGUCCUGGUGGCAGAUAGUCCUCUACUUCCUGUCCGCCCUGCUUGUCUUCCUCCUGCUGGUGCUCCUCCUCAUCUGGUGCUUCUUCUACUCCUGUGUGACUCUGAAGAGCAUCUGGUUUCCCUCCAGCCAGUUGCCCACACAUCUUGAACAGUUUCUUCGUCACUCCCCUCGAUCUCACCCUCCUCGUCUCUUGACCCCACACUCUGAGUUGGAGCUGCUCUGUGAUAAAGUGACCAUCUGUGCUCUGCCUGAGGUCCUGGUAAACCAGACCCAUCCUUGUGGAACCCUGAUGGGCCUGGAGCUGAACAACAGCAGACACAGUCGUCAUGGCAGCGGGAGCAGCAGCAGCGAAGACUCGGGGGUUUACUCUGCAGGAGGGAGCUCCAGUCAGCCCUCCAUUAAACAUCAGGCACAGCCCCUGGCUAUGACCUUUGACAGUGGACCACGUAAAGACACAUCACACGAUGUAUGGACUCGAGCAUUAACAGCUGAAGGCCAUUGAGGCAGGUGGAAAGAGGUUGUUGAACAUUUGUUGAAAAGAACAAGAAAAAAAAAGUCUCAUUGAUGAACAGAGUCAAAGUGAGGUUCUGACUCUAGCAGCAUGAAACUUCCUUUUCCUGGCCUGUAGGAGGUGCCAUGCACACAUUGAAAGACCUGCCGUCUAUGACUUCCAUUCACACACAUUGUUGCAGUGACGUGUGGUGAGGUUCGUGGCUGGUGACACACUGACUCCUCUUAGAUUUACAAUUGUAGGAACCGAAAAGAGCAUCUUAUUUCACUGUUCAUCCAAUAGCAUCACCUGGUAACGCUUCAUAUCCCUCAGCACCCCUCUUUUAAUGACACUGACACCAACACCAACACAGGAGCAUAUUUGUCCUAGAAAGAAUUUCUUUUUUUUUUAUACAAAUGGACAGAGCAGCCUUCUUGUGUCUAAGAAAUUCAUAUUUAUUGUAAACAAAGUAUAGAGAUGAGUGCAGCACAAAUUGAAUUUUGACCUUCAGUUAAAAAAUUCAGUUAUUUUUCAAUUCUUUAAUCAAAGGAUGUCCCAACGGCCCGCGUCAUGUGACCCAGAUUGUAUUGAUCGCGCAGUCAGAUGUGGAGCUGUCUCACCCGGGAUUUCUAUCCUGUAUUUGAAUGUGAAAUACUCGAAUUUGACGUUUUUUACUUAAUAAAAUGUCAAAGAUG